AUGCAAAACAUAAUUGGCAAAAACAAAGAACAGGUUCCAUGAUCUAAACCCAGGAAUACCUUCUUUCAAUUCCUUUUAAAAAAAAAAUCAUAAAUACAGACAAUGGCAUAUUUUUUCAAUUAAGACAUUUUCUGAAGAAAGAGACCUUCUUUGGUUAAUAUUAUUUCUGGUUCCGUUCCAAAAAACUUGCCUUUAACAUACAUUAGAAUACAGACUGGCACAGAAACAGGAACUGAUCACCUCUUUGGCUAAGAUCUGGUGUUGAAGGUUAAAUAGGAGAGGGUUGGCUUGAAGAAACAGAGAUUAACAGAGAGACUCCAAAGCUGAUCAAGGUUCAAGGCAAAACAAUAAGGCUACCACACAAACUUCAGGUCCGCUCUCCACAGACAUGGGACAAAACCUCUUUCUCCUGCUCAUCUCAGGGCUCUACACAUCAUGUUCAUGUCUCUCCCGUCAUUUUUACUUUGUGAACAUGAAUAAGAACUGGACUGAGGCACAGAGUUACUGCAGAGAUAAUUACACUGGUCUGGCAACCUUUGAUGACAUGAAGGACAUGAAUGAGAUGCUAAACACUUUAGGCACCAGUUAUAACAAAGUGGCCUGGAUUGGCCUGGAGAAAGGAAACGAGAAGAAAUGGCAGUGGUCCCUGGCAGACAGGGAAUUUUACAGUGAUGGAGGAACUGAGUUCCGGAACUGGGAUAAUAAUCAGUCACAGGCUGUGGCAAAUGACUGUGUACUUAUGGUAAAUAAUGGUAAAUGGCAAGAUCGUGACUGCAACCAAAUAUACCCAUUUAUCUGUUAUAAAGGUACAGAUCCCAAGAACAGGCAAUUCAUCCCAGUUAAACUCUAUGUCACUUGGACAUACGCUCAGAGUGUCUGCAAAUAUUAUGCUGCAGACCUGGUCAGUAUACGGAACGAAAAUGAAAACGAGCUUUUACGUGAAGUCGCAGCAGGAGUGCCAAUGUGGAUCGGCUUGUUCAAAGAUGCCUGGAAAUGGUCUGACAAUGGGAACUCUUCAUUCCGAUCGUGGAGAACAGGCCAACCCGAUAAUUAUUAUGGGAAUGAGAACUGUGCCGUAUCAUGGUUGACGGAUAUGGAAAAAGGGAAAAUGGGUGACAGGCCAUGUAAUGAAAAACAUCCAUUUAUAUGCUACGGUGUUAUGGAACCCACAACUUCUCAACCCUCAACCAAGUCACUCACUUCUACUAACCACCCCAUGACCAAGCAAUCAGUCACCGUGCCCUCAACUGCUGUCAAGAAGAAGCAGGCAAUGGGGGGUGGUGGUGUAACACCACUGAUUCAAUCUGCUAGUCAAGUGUCUCCCCAUUAUCUGUCCAGGGCUCUUUUGCCUGCCUGCUCUCUUUACCUCUCACUUUUCCACCUGUUGUAAUGGUCCUGUUUUCAUCUGUACUCAUAUCCCACUUAUCUCACUCAUAAAUGUUAUUUCUAUCUUACAUACAAUUUAAUAUGCAGAAUAUAGAAAUGAUUUGCUUACACGAGCUUCUUAUUAUGUAUGUGUGAACCGAUUAAAAUUCUUAGUAUGUGCACAGUUAGCUCUUUAGUGUCAAUAGCCUCGACAUAACAGCUUACAUGA